CACCAACCGGACGUGUGGGUACAGCAACCGGAGUAGAUUGGAGUUAGCGCACCGCAUGAGACGGCGCGGAUCGGAGCACCUAUCUUCAACCCUACAAAGUUAGCGCGCGAGUGAAAUACCAGAAGCCGGUCGAUCAAUCGCUAAUGGUGUAUAUCGGGUUAUGGGCGAUUAAUCGCUUGAUCGGUUAUAGAAAUCCGAAGAAAUCGGAACAACCGCGCGCGAACGGAACUGCAUACUCUGGGUAAAGGCACGAUCCUACCCGCGGGCUGCUCAGUCGGUGUUGGUAUGGGCGGUGAUAUGGGCGCGAUCAGAACGCGGUUAUCGGUGUCGUCUUCGCGAGCUCUGUGAAUCGUCGUACUUGAACGUUGAACUUGAAAUUCGCACCGUAAACAACACUCCUCGCGGCGAGACCCAUCUUGAUGAGCAAUCGGUGACGACACGAACGAAGUGAAUUGAAAAGUGCAUGUUAUUUUGAUUUCCCGUGGAAGGCGGCGUCGUCGUCGUGGUGGAUGCAGACAAGCGCAAGCAAGCGAAGGAACACAUGAAUGACCGAGGCACAAAUUCGGGCUAGCCGUAGUCGGGAGCGCCGCCGCACCAUCAUCAGCAGCAACAGCAAAAGUGCUGCACUGGCCUUCGCCAUUCGACGGUCGAUGUAAUAAAUAAUGUGCAGUUGGCCCGGACGCUUCGAACAUCCAGCAAGCAAUUAUCCAAUGUUCAACCGAAUAAAGUGCCGAAAAUCCAGCUACUUCCGAUAGCACAGUGGUAGUGGUAGAGACAGGUGGUGGCGCGAAGAUCCCGUUACAUCUACGCUGCGCCUCGUGAGAUAAUGAAUGGGAUCGGCUGCCUGCAUGGGGUGUUGCUGUUCCUCCUGAGUCAGACCGUAGUCAUCGAACCGGCCCGACAGAUUCGUUACCGUGCGAGAAGAUCUGACGGAGCCGAAGACACCGAAAGCAGUCAGGAUAGCUACGUGGUCGGUGUGGUCGAAUUCCGUCCGGAGUCUUCCGAUAUUGACAUACGGCGCAGAACGGAACUGCAUUUGGAAGCGUACGCAGAACUAAUUAGGUCCGAUGCAGCCAAAAUCACAGACAUCAUCAUCUUUCCGGAGCUCACCCUCAACACCAUUUCCGACCCGGUUUACGUCCCACACCCCAGCAGCGAUGUGGUCCCUUGCUCUGAGGGAGACUCCGCACGGGAUGUGCUAGCCCACCUAUCCUGUCUGGCAGCCGAGGUCAGCAAAUAUCUUGUGAUAAACCUCUCGGAGAUCUUCGACUGCGAGUCGAUCCCAACGGAGGAUCCGCGACCGUGUGGCCCCCACGGAUUCCACCGAUACAACACCAAUCUAGUUUUCGAUCGAAACGGAGCUGUGAUAGCGCGAUACCGCAAGUUCAACCUCCUGGGCGAGAACGGUACCAAUCGGACGUACGUGCCGGAGAUUGUAACAUUCGAGACUGACUUUGGGGUGACGUUCGGAUUGUUCACCCGAUCGGAUGUGCUGUUUGCACGGCCGGCUCUGGAACUGGUCAAGCGAGACGUGAAGGACCUGAUUAUGCCCAGCAUGUGGAGAGCGGAGCUUCCGUUCCUUACCGCGAUGCAGGUGUACGAAAGCUGGGCUUUCUCCAAUAAUGUAAAUCUGAUCGUGGCGGGCAGCAACAAUGAUGCUGGAGGAAGCACAGGCACAGGCGUAUUUAAUGGAAGGAGUGGAGCAGUACUUUCUUUUGUUACUGGAGAACCAACUAGGAGAUUGUUUCCAGUACGAGUUCCUAAAACUCCAGGAGCCAACACGGCAAAUCACAUUCCUCUCGAAAGCACUGCCACUGAAUCUGGUCGAUUGCAUGGAAAGUUUCUUGAAGAGAUCGACGUUCGACGUGACUUUCUGGAGGAAUUCACCACCAUGCAAAUUAACCCGGAACGCUACCACGACCGUAUCGGUCAGAUCAUCUGCAAUGGAGAUUUUUGCUGCGACUUAAGUGUUACUUUAUCCAUUGUCCCGGAUCGGGACGUGACUCAUUACUACAGGUUCGCAGUGUUCGACGGGUACCACUCGUUUUCGGGGCACUCCGAAACCCACAUAUCUACUUGUGGAAUUAUCGCCUGUCGAAACCAGUCUCAAACCAGUUGCGGACUACCCAUGAACGAAAACUCAAACUACCUCGAAUUCAACGAAAUCGUCAUUACGGGCAAGUUCCAGGCGAAUGGAACACUGGCGAUGGCAAACUCCUUGGACGACAUGCUGUAUCCGCUGAGUCCCGACCAGUACACGUUUUACUCCUCGAUCAAUUACUCAACGAACCAGCAAGACGUUCAGCUGUCUCUAACCAGCGGAAGUGUGGCCAAUCUGCAGACGUUCGCCAUCUAUGCGGUCAACUACGAAAACUUUGAGUACUUUAAUCCAAUCGAGUCGCCUCCCGAACCGACUACAGAGAGCAACCCGGUCGAGUACGAUGGCUUCAACGGGGAUGGUGAAGAUGCCGAUGGAAGUUCUACCAAGUUCGGGACUCCGAUAGCACUUCAGAUAAUGCUACUGCUGCUGCUGGUCAGCUCGGUACGAGAGCAACGAUGAUAGAAAGUUAUGCUGGCCUAAAUAUAGUUUCGGGAAUUUGUAAAUAUUGUAAAUUUAUCGUGUAGGAUAGUCAAAACGUGCAUGCCAAAUCGAUAGAAAUAAGUCGUAAAUAUUCCUAUUUUACUGAUAUAGAAGUUACCGUCGAACCAGCCUAAGUCUUUUUGACUUUCUGUUGAGCUUUGGCGUAGUAUUCAAAUGUUGAAGUUUGACCGUAUAUCAAACUGGAUCAUUUUUCAUUAUGUUAAAUGUCAAUAUGCCAAGGUCGAAUAAACCAUGAGUUAAGGCAUUGAAGUUUUAGAUUGGUAUUUAAAACAUUCAAACAAGAAAUCAAUUGAAAGCAAUAAAA